AAGCUUCUUGAUGUUAUCCAAAACUUUUAUUUUGCAUAACUUUUUAAAAAAAUAUUUUUACUCUUAUUAUCACACAAUAAUGUGUAGUUAUUAAAUUUAUAUUUAAAAUUACAUUUAAUAUUAAAUGCAUGGACCUGAAAAUUAAAAGUAUAAUAAUUACACAAUACUUCAUAAAAACAUAUUAAGUAUUUCUAAGUUUAUGUUCCAAGUUAUUUUGAAACAAGUUUUCGACCGAAUAUUUUUUACAACAGAUAUUAUGAAAAAACAUUAUCAGUAAAAACAAUUUAAUAGAGUUCUGUGUCUUAUAUAAUCAAUGUAAUGGUUUUGAGUGUAUUCAAACAUUUACCGUCAAUCAGAACUAAAUUGAAGAAUUUCUUAUCAACCAUGACAAAUCCUAUAGUGCAAAUAAAAGAUGGUCAAUUGAGAGGAAACAUACUUAAAUUAUUUGAUAAUUCUGAAUACUACAGCUUUAAAGGUAUACCAUAUGGACAGGCACCAGUGGGAAAACUCAGGUUCAAGGCUCCUCUACCCAUACAACCUUGGAAAGGUAUCCGCGAUGCAACAGAACAUGGUUCUGUGUGUCCACAAUUUGAUGUUUACACCAGACAAUUGAACUUAGGGAGCGAGGACUGCUUAUUCCUUAAUGUAUACACAAAAUCAAUAAAUCCUAACGCUAAUAAACCAGUAAUGGUCUUCAUACAUGGUGGUGCUUAUAUGUUUGGUUCCGGUGAUGACACUCUACUUGGUCCUGAAUUCCUAGUGCAACAUGAUAUUGUAUUAGUCACAAUUAACUAUAGAUUGGAGGUAUUUGGAUUCCUCUGUCUCGACAUACCUGAAGUACCAGGGAACGCAGGAAUGAAGGACCAAGUACUAGCUAUGCAAUGGGUUAAGAAUAAUAUACAACAAUUUGGUGGUGAUCCUAAUAAUAUAACGAUUUUUGGUGAGAGUGCAGGAGCUACAUCUGUAACGUACCACUUACUAUCGCCGAUGUCAAAAGGACUAUUCAAUAAAGUAAUAGCUCAAAGUGGAACUUGCACUGUAGAUUGGGCGCAAACGAUAGACGCUCAAGAUCGAGCUUUUAGGCUAUGCAAAGUACUUGGUAAAGAAACUAAAGAUCCUAUAGAAGCUUUGGAGUUUUUACAAAGUGUGCCGUCUAAGGAUUUAAUACGAAAAACAUUUAAAACUAUGACAAAAGAAGAGGAACACAGAGGAUUACCAAUGCAUUUUGUGCCUGUUGUAGAAAAAUUUGAUAACGCCUUUCUUUGUGAAAAACCACAAGAUUUAUUAGUUGCUGGCAAAGUUCAUAAUGUACCGCUCAUGAUUGGAUACAAUAAUAAGGAAGGAAUGAUAUCUCUUCCUAUAGAGAUCGCAAAAUUAGAAUAUAGGAAUAAAAUUCCAUCAUCCUAUAUACCGAGGAGCAUUUGUAACAACAUUACUGCUGAUAAACUUAAUGAAUAUGGUAAAAGAGUCAAAGAGUUUUAUUGUAACGGUGGUGAUUUUAAAUCUGAAGAAGUCGAUACAGUAUGUUCCGUGCUGUCCGAUGUAUAUUUUGUCAGUGCGAUACAUAUUUUUACAUAUAAUUAUGCAAAAAUCUCCCAAUCUGUGUACAUGUAUCGAUUUAAUUUUGAUACCGAGUUGAAUUUACUUAAAUCCAUAAUGGGUUUAAAUAUGACAGGAGCAUCACAUGCUGACGAAUUGUUUUAUAUCUUCUCUUGUAGUUUCAAUAGAGACAUGUAUCAGGAGAAUAAAGAACUAAAGGAAAUUGUGGAUCAAGUUACUAGGAUGUGGACGGAUUUUGCUAAAAGCGGGAAUCCAACAUUGAACAGUCCUCAAAUUAAAUGGAAUCCAUACACCACAAAUGGGAAGGAAUUCUUAAAUAUUGACGAGACCUAUUCUACUGGAAAGUAUGCGGAUAAAGAAAAUGUGGAAUUUUGGAACAAAUUGUAUCAAGAAGCUGGUUUGAUGCAUAUUAAUAAAAGUAAAUUGUAGUUACUAGUUAGUGAUUAAUUAGAAUGGUCAGUAGAUAGAUAUCAUAUAGGUAUGGUAGAUAGAUGUAUGUAUAUAAAUUACUAGCUGUGAUAUAUAGCCUUCCUCGAUAAAUGAGCUAUCUAACACCGAAAGAAUUUUUCAAAUCGGACCAGUAGUUCCUGAGAUUAGCGCAUUCAAACGUUUAAACAAACAAACUCUUCAGCUUUAUAAUAUGAGUAUAGAUUAAUUAAGAUGUAUUUUAUAUUAUUCUUAUGAGGAAUAGUUUUAUAUCUUUAUAUGUUUAUAAUUGUUAAAUAUAUACAUUAUACAUAUUAUGUUAUUUAAAUAUAAAAUCAUUUUUUAAUUAUUCCUUAACAUUAUCUUUUACGGUUAAGUUUUUGUAGUGUUUCUUUAUACUUUUAAUACUAGAACAACAUUAGAUUUUCUGUUAGUGCAAACAUAAAAUAUCCCCUUUUUCGUCAGAAUUUGUAAGAUUUAAAUAAAAGUGAUAAAUUAAAACCGUACGUAUUUAUAUGUACGUUAUAUAAUCAUAAUAGGCCCGGCCCUUCUUGGUGUAAAAAAAUAAGGAUUCAUUCUAUUUAUAUCAAGAUUGUGUUAUUGAUAAUUAUAAAAAAGUGAACGUAUUUACUUAUUAUAAUUCUUAUUUUAAUUAUGUACACAGAAGUUUAUCUUAA